AUCGAAUCCAAACAACCCCAGCGUGCAAAGCUAAGGUAAAACUGUAAAAAUAUGGAAUGCUCAUUAAAACUGAAGGCAAACUGGAGAUAGCAACACUGAGACUUGAUCUCAAGCUAAUCUUAAUUCGCGCUUUCCGGGGAUGGAGCUACCGUGCUCAUCUUGUUGCUCUCAUCGGAUCUCAUCCGUGUUAAAUUACAGAAGAACCCUUGCAUGCUCAAUCAAACCAUCCAGCUGGUCCACCUGCAAAGCUGCUAACUUUGCCCUAUUUAAACCUUGCGAAACCUUUCCUUCCUCAGAUGGGAUUCGGAGUUCCAGAACCUUCUCGAAAUCUGCUUCGAUCAAACUGGGGACUCGCGGUUCCGUCUUGGCCUUCUCUCAAGUUGGGGCUGCAGGAUCUGAUCCAGGAUUGAAUAAAAUUUCACAGUUCAGAGAUGCCUUUUGGAGAUUUUUACGGCCCCAUACCAUACGCGGUACCACGUUAGGAUCUGUAUCAUUGGUAGCAAGAGCUCUAAUCGAAAACCCAAAUCUAAUUAGGUGGUCAUUGUUACUCAAGGCGUUUUAUGGGCUCUUUGCUCUCAUUUGUGGCAAUGGCUAUAUAGUGGGCAUCAAUCAGAUAUACGACAUUGGAAUUGACAAGGUAAACAAACCUUAUUUACCUAUAGCAGCAGGAGACCUUACAGUUCAAUCUGCAUGGAUCUUGGUGAUAUCGCUUGCUGUGGCUGGACUCUUUAUUGUCGGGAUCAACUUUGGUUCAUUUAUUGGUUCUCUUUAUGCUCUUGGUCUCUUCCUUGGCACCAUUUACUCUGUGCCUCCUUUUCGCAUGAAGAGAUUCCCAGUUCUAGCAUUUCUUAUAAUCGCAACGGUGAGAGGGUUUCUUCUUAAUUAUGGUGUUUAUUAUGCUACACGAGCAGCUUUGGGGCUAAACUUUGAAUGGAGCUCACCUGUUGCUUUCAUUACAAGUUUUGUCACGAUGUUUGCUUUGGUUAUUGCCAUUACAAAGGAUCUGCCUGAUGUAGAAGGUGAUCGAAAGUUUCAAAUUUCUACCUUCGCUACAAAGCUUGGUGUGAGAAACAUAGCAAUUUUGGGCUCUGGGCUAUUGCUGGUAAAUUACUUUGGUGCGGUAUUGGCUGCAACUUACAUUCCUCAAGCUUUCAGAACCAGAUUAAUGAUACCCUUACAUACAACAUUGGCAGUAUGUUUAGUUUUCCAGGCUUGGUUAUUGGAAAAAUCAAAUUAUACUAAGGAAGCAAUUUUAGAAUUCUACCGGUUUAUAUGGAAUCUCUUCUAUGCAGAGUACUUGUUGUUCCCUUUCUUCUAAAUAAAUAACUAGUGCUAGUUUUAGUUAUCACUGAUAACAUUCCUAGGGACGCUGUUCACGGAUUUAAUAAAUAAGGUGAAUGCAAAAAAACAUAAGAGGAGUAGAUUCAAAGUAUUCAACCAAUUAUUAAGAUAAUGGAGCUUCAAAGUUUGGCAACCUCAUAAAAACCACUUAAGAUGAGUUGAGAACACGCACCUUCAAAAAGGUUGUUGUUACUAGUUUUAGACUUUUAGAUUGGGUUUUCCCUAUAAUAUUAACAUGGCCACUGUGCACUAAAAAUCACAUUCCUAUCUAUUAUUAUUUCAAUUAUAAUAGGAAAAACUGUCAAAUAGACACUCGUAGUAUGUUAAAAAAUCAGAUUAAUUAGUUACUCCGACAAACUUUAGAAAAACGAUUGGGUUUUUCAACUAUGUUAAAAAAUCAAUGAAGCUCUCAAACUGAAAAAACGCCUAGUUAGGCUCACAAACUUUAGAAAAACGAUCAAACGUAUAAUUUAAUUGGUUAAAAUCAGAUUAAUUAGUUACUCUGACAUGACGACUACGACCCACAUGUUUAUUCUUUUUAUUUUUAUUUUUCUUCCACCCCACCUCCCCUUUCUUCUUUAUUCUUGGACCCUAUCUCUUCUUCCUUUCUUCUUCCUCCCUACCCUCCCAUACAAACCUUUUCAUUUCUGGGUUUUUUCCUUUGUUUCUCUCCUUUCUCUUGUGUCUUCUUCCCAUCCGACCUUUCCCCCUUUUUUCUUCCACCCCAAUUACUCUGCCGACGUAGUCAAGUUUUCUCCUUUCAACUUUAUCAUUGAUAACGAAAAUUAACACUAUUUUAUUUAUUGAGAAGAAAGGGAACAAUAAGGAAAGCGGAACAAUAAAGUAGUAGUAGUAGUAGGGGAGAAAAGGAAAAAAGAAAUGAAAAGAAAAGAGAAAAAAGGGAAAAAGGCCACUCUGACUAUCAUGUCGUCAGAGUAACCGGUUAAUCGGGACUUAGAACAUCCCCAAUGCAUUUAAGUCUAGUCUAUUUUAAAAGUGAGAAUGGAAAAUAAUUAAAUGACUUUCUAGUCCACAAAAUAAAAGUGGAGUAAUUGGAUAGUGAGGAUUACAAUAAGUCUCAAAUGCAAUCAAUCUUUAGAGUUCAUGUUAGCCAGUGGCGGAGCCAGAGAUUUUUCAAAGGGGAGCAUACCGAAGAUUAAAACGUAACACGUUAGCACAAAUUAUAGUUCAUUACACACUACUUGACUGAUGUCUGUAUAUAUUCACAAUGUUGCAUGAUAACUUCAUGUUGGGAAAACACAACUCCCAGCUUUCUCAGGAUCACAAACUCAUAGUAUUCUUGUAAACUCACUAACACACUCAUAAUGCAAAGACUCAAUUUGACAAUAUCACUUUGUAUUAUACUAUUGAUGAAAUGUAUAACAGACAUUUUACAAAUAAAC